AAUCCGAGUCUGAAUGCUUUAAUUCACGACCCAUAACGACGAUCGACGAAUUAAUUCCGCUCCAGUCCGCCGAUAAAUUCUGCGUCAGGUUUUGCUAUUGCCUCGCGUGUUUCAUUAGCUGUGGGUGACAGACUCGCAACAACCAGCGAUCUCUUUUUCUAUCCCUCUCUUUCUGAACAAAAGCCGUCGAUUGCAGGAAAUAUUAUAUUUCUCCUGGACAAUUGGAGUUUUCUAACGGGUUACAAAGACGGAAUUCACAUCGGAGGAAGCGCCGCUCAUGCCAAACGCACGCACACGCCUUUUCGGUCCACGCGCUCCGGACCCAUAUCAGUCCAGCACAGAAUAACUAUUGUGGCAGGAUCAAGCAAGUGUUUCGAGUCCAGACAGAAACAUUUUAGUGAUAUAACAGCCGGUUGCACUUGCAUGAACUGCUUUUGCCAUCAUUGGCUUAUUCCAUGUGACUUCUUGAAUAUUGGAUGGCAGUCUGAAGGGGAACCGUACGGCUGCGGGACCGAGUCCGGGAAUGCCAUUUGUUCAGCGCAACAUAAACGAGCAUUGUGUCGUGCUGUUUUUUUUCCUGGGGACAGGUGUCGUUGUGUGCGUUGUUUUGGGGUGGGGGGUUAGUUGUCCGGCGUACGGACAUGCAAGAAGCGACACAGUUGUCUUAAAGAUGUCAGAUAAGGGCGCGCGGAGACAGGUGCGAUAGAGAGGACUGGAUUUCAAACGGACCCCUCCUCUCAGUCAGUCUGGAUUAUAGUCCCGAAGUGUCGAGUCAUUCACGUUUCUCCACGGCUGUUAUCGAUGCUUUCUGGGAAUUUAUGAGCGUGUGGAGCAAUUCACCUGGGAGAAGAUAAGCGCAAGAUAUUGUGAAGCAAAAGGAAAGAGCGUUACGCAGACGGGCUGUCUGACGUCUGAUAAGGAGUCGUGAGAGAGGACAGAGAAGUUUUCACAUGUUCAGCUAGAUCGACAUUGUACAACCUCCAGUCUGUCAUAAAUAAGUGCCAGAGCUCCACUGCCAUGACGACGGUAGUCAGACCUUUUAUCAGACUCCUCUUGCUCCUGCGGUUGGUGUGUGCCGUCUUCCCGGAGGAACCAGGACCCCUGAACUUCGUCCCCACUGAAGUGGUCAGACGGUAUCCAGUGUUUCUUGGACGACCUCAUCGCUCAUCUCUCAGACAAGAGCCUUUACACAUCCAAAGAGUCCUGCAGGUCAAUCGUACCCUUUAUAUCGGAGCCAGGGAUGACCUUUUCCGUGUGGAGCUGGACAAUGUGGUGGGUGAAGAGAUGUUUUACAGCAAGAAAAGGACGUGGGAAUCCAACAAAAACGACAUCCGAAUCUGUAGAAUGAAGGGAAAGCAUGAGGACGAAUGCCGUAACUAUAUGAGGGUCCUGCUCAGCCGGCAGAGCGGAUUGUUUAUUUGUGGGACCAACGCCUUUAAUCCUUUAUGUGCCAACUACACCGGAGACACACUAGAGAUGAUUGGUGAAACUGUCAGUGGGAUGGCCAGAUGCCCAUAUGAUCCCAAACAUGCCAACGUGGCCCUGUUUGCAGACAGGAAUCUCUUCACUGCAACAGUGACUGAUUUCCUGGCUAUUGAUGCUGUGAUAUACAGGAGUUUGGGGGACAAUCUUGCUCUGAGAACUGUAAAACACGACUCCAAAUGGUUUCGAGAGCCGUACUUUGUGAGCGCUGUGGAAUGGGGGCCGCAUGUCUACUUCUUUUUCAGAGAGAUGGCCAUGGAGUUCAACUACCUGGAGAAGGUGGUGGUGUCCCGUGUGGCACGCGUGUGUAAAAACGAUCAGGGCGGAUCACAGCGCGUGCUAGAGAAGCAGUGGACGUCAUUCCUGAAGGCUCGGCUGAACUGCUCCAUCCCCGGAGAUUCACACUUCUACUUCAACCUCCUGCAUUCCACGAGUCCCAUCAUUCGUAUGCACGGCAGGGAUAUCAUCCUCGCUGUCUUCUCAACGCCAUCCAACAGUAUUCCCGGAUCUGCAGUUUGCGCCUUUGACAUGGAACAGCUGGCUGGAGUGUUUGAGGGAAGAUUUAAAGAGCAGAAAUCACCCGAGUCCAUAUGGACACCUGUUCCAGAUGAGGUCGUGCCCAAACCGAGGCCGGGCGGUUGUGCUGUACAGGGAUCAAAGUUCAACUCCUCAAACUCUUUCCCAGAUGACAUGCUUACCUUUGUCAAGACUCAUCCAUUGAUGGACGAAGCUGUCCCGUCUUUGGGUCAGAGACCCUGGAUUGUUAGGACUAUGGUCAGAUACCAGCUGAAUAAAAUGGUGGUGGAUACAAACGCUGGUCCCUACGGUAAUCAGACAGUCCUCUUCUUGGGGUCCAGCCGAGGGACCAUCCUCAAAUUUCUUGUCACACCGAAUACAGAUAAUACAGUUUCGAAUAACAACGUAUUCCUGGAGGAACUGGAAGGCUACAACCCUGAUAGGUGUGGGCCGGACUCUCCUCAGGCCAGACAGCUGCUGUCUCUCACUCUGGACCGCAUCAGUCACAGCCUCCUGCUGGCUUUCCCAUCCUGCGUUAUCAAAGUGCCUGUAGCACGCUGCCAGCUGUAUACACGCUGUAUGAAGAACUGCAUCGCCUCACGGGAUCCCUACUGCGGCUGGACCAGAGGAAGCACCUGUUCUUUCCUCCGCGCGGGUACCAGACUUCCCUUCGAGCAAGACGUCGAGCACGGAAACACGUCUCACUUGGGCGACUGUGACGGUCUCCUACCAGAGACUUUCAUAGAGGAACCAGAUGGCUUGGUGUCUGUAAACCUGCUGGUGGUAUCCGCAGUUUCCGCGUUUGCCACCGGGGCGGCGCUCUCGGGUCUGAUGGUGUGUUGGAUAAUGAGCCUCAAGCUCCGCCAGCGAUCCAGAGGAGGUGGAUCUGGCUUGGGGAGUCGCCGCAAGAGUGACAAGGAGCAAAGCAUGCUAGGACACGGACGCAGCGGUUCCAUAAUCAGCGUGACACGAAUCAGCGGCGUCGAUCGACCUCGCUCACAAGUGGAGAAUAUGUUCUCCAACGGCUGGCCAAAGUCUGGAGACAUAGACACAGGACUUCCUACACCGGAGCAGACUCCUCUACAGCAAAAACGACCCACUCCUAAUGUUCACCUCACAGACUGCGAUUGGGACCAGACCCAUACUUUCCUAGCCCAAACAGGAACGCCUAACUCUGCUGUCAUAUACCUGAGCUCCAAAUACUUGCAAGGUGGGCGCCAAGAGGGAUCGGGUGACAUGCCAUCUCGCUAUCUCAUUCUUUCCCACCCGCCCAGUCAGCGGGAACAGGGUGGGCGGGUAUCCGCCCCAACAACCCGCAACUCUGCAGGCGAGUACAACUAUCCGGCCACCCCUCAGGACUCACCUGACCGUAGGAGGGUGGUGUCUGCUCCGACCACGCAGACGGACUAUGGCGAAAACGUGCGUUGGUCCCGCGACGAGUUAAAUUUGAAUAGCAACAACGCAACGCCCUCCAGCCACCACCCCUAUCCGAUUCAGCCACGCACUAACGCUGCGUUAGUGCGACCGACCCACCAUACCCAACGGGGACUCGGUGAGCUUCAAGACUAUAGCCACCUUCUGGUGAAAAGCGUAAAUGAGCGGAACCCUAACGGACAGUGAAUAGUCCUAUUCGGACCCUUCGGUAACUUAUCCCCAAGACAGACUCAGACAAGACUCUCCUUUUGUAAUCCUGCCCCACCUGUCCUCACUCACUGCCAUCCAGUGUCUUUUAAACCCCAUGAAUGGCUGAGCUCUAGGACUGCAGAUGUGAUCAAUCGGCCAGAGUGAGUGAGAACAAGAGUGUUAGCUAAUGGCUGACGGCCAUUAGCGGCACGAUGCCAUUUAGCACGUUAGCACAUUAGCGUCUUCUAUCCAAUAAAACGGAUUGCUUGGGAAUAACAGAGGUGUUGGCCGAUGAUACGCAACAUAAUCAUAAUCCUACAAACGGCUACGUUGACUGUUUAGCGAAAACAGAAGUAGUCGCGGAUCGUCUCUCCGUGUAGCCCUGUGAACCAUCCGGUGGAUGUGACCCGUUUCGUUUUCACCUUCCGUGGGACUGUGUAUGUCCCGGCUCAAUCUUCCUCACGUUUGUUAGCUUUGGUGCGAGUGUGUGUGUGAGCCACUGCAAAACAUGAAAAAUGUGUUUAUCGGCCGAGUUAAUGUGAACACACGGUCGACUGACACUGGACUUUCAUAAGUGAAUCUGAUGUCAAUUGACUGAAUCCUCUUCCCCUAACCCACUAUUAAGUGUCAGGAAGCAAUCAAGACAACUGCCAUGUGACUUUAUCUAAAGAUCUGUGUGCUGUUAUAUCAGAUGUGACUGGGUGAGGAACAACAUUAGCCAAAAGUCAUGGAAGAAUCGACCCAUGCUUAAAGGACACCAGCGCUACAGAAGCACUGUGGAAAAGACUUUUAUUGUGUAUAGGAACAUACAGUAUGUUGUUUGGGUGGACCCAUUUGUUUUGGUUUUAAUAUAUAUAUAUAUAUUAAUAUUAUAUGGAUUCCAAAACUAAAAAGGUUUUUGGUGUUUUUUUAUUUUGUAUUGUGUUUUUAUAUCUACCUUUAAAUUUUGCAAAGCAUAUGAAGCUCUUUCUCUUCACUCUUUCUCUCUCUUUAUUUCUGUGUGUCAUGUUUUUUUUUACAUGCAUACAUUUCUUUAAGAGAAGUUAGUGCAAAUUACUGAAACACUUUCUCUGUUUCUAUCUUUUCCCUCUCCCUGCUGUCCAUUGACUAGUAUGUAAGCGUGGUUGUCUGGGCCGAGUUGGGCCGCUAGGGAGCUGCAUUCAGAACGUAUCUGUGACACUGAGACUCUUUGUGCAGCCCAGCCAGAGAAGACCAUCCCAACAAAUAGCCGUUAAGGAGUCAUGGCCUCAUAGAGACCAUCAGCCCGGUCUAGGAGAAUGUCAAUGAGAUGCCAAACAGAUCGGACCCCUCUGGGUCCCCACUCGUCGACGGCCUUCAGAAAGCACACGGAAUCAUGGGACAGAUUAAUACAAUGUUACUUUUAAAAGAAAUCUAACUCAAAAAGCGCCCAGUGGCUCUGUUCCCACUUCAACCGUCGUUCAGUCUCUUUUGGCCCUCUUUGGAUUGGUGUUUGUUUGUUUUUAGAGUUGCAAACCCCAAAUGAUGCGUGAAAGAAAUAGUGAAAAAUUUUAUUUAUUCAAUUCUCAGUCUCUGCUUUCAACCCAUAUUUCACCUAGCAUUACAUCAGUGUCUCCACUAGAGGGCAGUCAUGCACGUUAAUAAGGCAGGGUGUGCUGCUCAACAUUUACACUGGUGCAUUUGGCAGAUGCUUUUAUCCAAAGUGACUUCCAGUGCAUUUGAGAUAUACAUCACUAUGUGUGUUCCCUGGGAUCGAACCCAUCGACUUAGUAAAGCAUUGCAUUAGCAAUGUCUAAGUGAGCUUCAGAAAUGCGCUUAAUGCAUGAGUGGUUAAGUGUCAGCACAUAAUCUUUGUUAAGGCUCCACAGGCAAUAAGCAAAAACACUCUUAAAGGGAUAGUUCACCCAAAAAUUAAAAAUCUGUCAUCAUUUACUCACUUUUAUGUUGUUACAAACCUGUAUUAAUUUCUUUGUUUGGAUGAACAUGAAGGAAGAUGUUUGUAACCAAACCGAUCAUGAGCCCCAAAAAAAAGAAUACUAUGGAAGUGAAUGGGGCUUGCGAACGGUUUGGUUACAAGCAUCUUCCUUCGUGCUCUUCAGAACAAUGGAAUUUAUACAUGUUUUAGUGCUGGGCAAAGAUUAAUCAUGAUUAAUCGCAUACAAAAUAAAAGUUAUUUUUUCGCAUAGCCUAAUAUAUGUGUGUGUGCUGUGUGUAAUUAUUAUGUAUAUUUAAACACACACAUACAUGAAUACAUUUCAGAAAUGUUUAUAUAUAUAUAUAUUUUAAAAAAAUAACAAUAUAAAAAUAUUAGGGCUGGGAAAAGAUUAAUCGCGAUUAAUCGCAUACAAAAUAAAAGUGAUUUUUGGCAUAAUAUAUGAGUGUGUGCUGUGUGUAAUUAUUAUGUACUUAUAAAUACACACACAUUCAUGUAUGUAUUUAAGAAAUAUUUAUAUGUGUAUAUAUAUUUAUUUAUAUUUUUAUAUAUUCUACAUUAUAUAUAAAAAAGAUAUAUAAAUAAAAAUCUGGCAUGAAUAUAUGUAUGUGUGUGUGGUUAAAUAUACACAAUAAUUACACACAGUACACACACACAUAUAUUAUGCAAAAAUAACUUUUAUUUUGUAUGCGAUUAAUCGCGAUUAAUCUUUUCCCAGCCCUAAAAAUAUAUAAAUAAAUAUAUGUACACAUGUAAAUGUUUCUUAAAUACUUACAUGAAAUUGUGUGUAUUUAUAUAUACAUAAUAAUUACACACAGAACACACUUGUAUAUUAUGUUACACUUUUAUUUUGUAUGCGAUUAAUCGCGAUUAAUCUUUGCCCGGCACUAGUUUAUAACAACAUGAGAGUGAGUAAAUGAAAGAAUUUUCAUUUCGGGGUGAACUAUCCCUUUAAAUUCUAGCAUGUGAUUUAAAAACAAAAAAUUGUGUUUGAUAGAGAGCUCGUUCUUAUUUUAAUGUGCAGUGAAGAAAGCCAUGAAGCAGAACAGUAAGAAGAUUAAUGAAGUGUAUAAUUUAUAGAUUGUAAGUGCCAAUGCACGACUGAGUACUCGGUGUGUCAUUUAAACAUCCAAAAUGUUGACACUGUUGUUUAUUUAAAUGUUUCUGAUGCUCAACUUUUUAUCCCUCAACCUAAAACUUUCGGACCCUUUAGUGACCAACUCCCCAGUUUAAAAAAAAUCUGCCCGCCCAUGCAUGCUUGCACCCUGGCCUCUCCAUCUCAAGGGCUUUCUCACUCGGCUGCACCAUUAGGUGGACCAUGCAUGAUUACAUUAAGUCUGUUGGCCUAGAGAUGAUCAUGAAAGAUGUGGACGUGCAGAAACGCAGUCACCCACUUGCUUACUCACAGUUCUUUAAAGGCUGAUUUUAGAAAGCAAUUACAUUAGACGUGGGCUGUAAAACCCCAGGCAAAAAAGAAAAGCAUCAAACAAGACAAGCAGUGCAUCUAAGCCAAGCCCGUGUUAUAAUAUUACCCAGAAUAAUCUUGAACCCUACAAACAAACACCUUAAGUGAUUUUUGUUGCAUAACUCUGUAUACAGGUGAUCUCUGAGCACUGCAUUGGUUACUAAACCAAAAAAAGUAAAAGAAAAGAUUUGAAAAGCUAUGAAAUGGAGUUAAUUUGAGCUUUAGCUCUAUAAAACGUGUUCCUGGGAAAAUAAAAUAAAUGAGAGUUGUUGAACUGUUUUCCUGUCGUAACUCUCAUAAAUAUAGCUAGUCGUAAAAUUCGGCUUUAGUUUUGUUUGGAUAGAAAUAUAUCUGGCACGUUUUAUAAAUCUCCCUGCAAUUAAAAUGUUAUGUGAACAGCGAUGGCAUGUGCUGCAGGCAUUCUCAUUUCAUAGGGGUUGUUUGUUUUUGUAUUUUUUUUUUUUUUUUGCUUUGUCUUUAUAAAGAUUUUUUUACAUCCCCCAGCCACAACUGACUAAUGGGCCACCCUAAUCUAACAGAAACGAUGUGGACGAAAAAGAAAGGGUUUGUUUCGAAAUAACAUGACAUGCUUUCACUCUGACAACAAGCACAAAAUAAAGUCAGCAUUUUUGUAAAGUUGUAGAGAAUAUAUUAGCCAUUAAUGAUAUUUUCAUUUUUAUAUUUGUUUGUGAUAAUGUUUUAGGUUGGUUUAUGAUUUCAUGCAAGUGAUUUCAUUUGCUCUCUGUUGUGUGAAUUUUUUAAUUAUGAUGACAAUGAUUACGAUUUUGCUGCGACUGUGAACUGAAUUUCAGUGUUUGAUCCUAAUUCAUGAACUUUUUCGGGAGACAAUUCUUCUGAAAGAAAGAGAAGAAAAUAAAUCACUUUUGCUGUGAUGGACUUCUUAUCUGUCUUGCUCCGGAGGCUGUUUGUGUUACUGGGUCCAUUGUCAUUAAAUGACAAGUCGUGUCCCAUUCAGUGUACAUAAUUAUUUCAGUGCUUCAGUGUAAUUUAAGUGAACUAUCUGCAUGAACACAGCCUAGGUCCCGGUCCACAGAGGUAGUGUGUACUACAAACAUGCUGCUUAUAUUUUCCACCAAUCAGACAGUCACAUGCAUGCUUUCAAAAUCAACAGCACAAUUGCACACACGAUCAAACAAACACGCAUACCUACACACAUAUUUUCGCAUUUGAAAACUCAUUGUCCUCAGUUCUGGCUGUCACUGAGCAUGGAAACUGUGCUCUGUUUUAUCAUUUCCUGUUCUAAUAAACCAUCAAGAACCUGA